UACCCCCCGCGUGCCGCUCUCGCGGCGCCUGUGGCGGAACGCGCCCAGCGCGCGCGCAGCAAUGGCGGCGCUGUACCACCCGUUCGUGCUGGCGCUGGGCGCGGGAUCGCUGCCGCGGCGGCGCUUCGUGCGGUACUCGCUGCAGGACGCCUUCUUCCUCUCCGCCUUUGCUGACUCGUAUGGGGCGGCGGCAUCACUCCUGGAUGGGGGCGAGGAGGAUGGGGAGGGGGUUCAGGAAGGGGAGGGGGAGCUGAGUGUGCGGGCGGUGCUGCAGCGGUUGCAGGGGGAAGCAGAUGGCGAGCUGGUGAUGCACGCAGGCACUGUGAAGGUACUGUGCUGUCCAACGGUGCUGUGAGGUGUGCAUGCACACGGACGUCCUACAACAUCCAAUCAUGCACCGACAUCCACGCGCCUCACCUCAUGCCAUCCACGCGCCUCACCUGAUCCCAUCUGUCCGCUGAACUCGUUGGUCCCUGUGCUCUCGCCACCAUGCCACACCAUGCCACACCAUGCCACACCAUGCCACACCAUGCCACACCAUGCCACACCAAGCCACACCAUGCCACACCAUGCCACACCAUGCCACACCAUGCCACACCAUGCCACACCAUGCCACGCCAUGACCUACCAUGCAGGCAUGGGUUGAGGAGUCACGUGACCCAUCCCGAGCACGCACGGACCAGGAUGCGGGCGUCACUGCGGACGUCACAACAGACAGCGCCCCUCUGCCGGCCACUCUAGAGUACACGGCCUUUCUGGCGCACAUCGUGAGGGGGGAGAGGGGCGUAUGGGAUGGCAUGGGUUUGGGGGAGGAGAGGGGCGAGAAGGACAAAAAAAGCCACCCGUACGACCAUGUGAAUGGCUUCAGGCCCUCGGAGGAUCGGGUCUCCCCAGGUGCCCGUCGCUGGCACGCCCUGUGUGUGCUGGCGGCCAUGCUGCCGUGCAUGCGCCUCUAUGCCUUCAUAGGUCAGACCCUGGGGGGCGCCGUGUGGGGCAUGCGCGGAGUGGUGGGGGCGGCGAGGGGGGGAGGAGGUGAAUGUGGCAGCAGCGAGGUGUGCUUCAAGGGAGGGACGAGUCUGUCGGAGGGCGACUGGCAGUGGCACCCGUACGGCCAGUGGCUGCACACGUACUCGUGCCAGGGCUUCGAGGCAGCAGCAUCGCUCCUGGAGUCAGCAUUUGACCGCCUGUGGUCGCGCCACCUCCUCUCCCUGCAGCAUUCCUGCAGCUCCCAAUCCGCAUCGCAGCAGCACCUGUCAGAGCAGCAGCGGCAGGCAGAGCAGCACCUGUCACAGGUGUACGGCAGAGCCAUGCAGCUCGAGUUUGACUUCUUCCACGCGCAGCUCGCUCCCUUCCCCACUGCCCCGCCACUGCCACAUGCACCGCUCUCCGUGCUUUCCGUUCCCGUGUGGCCGGGCUUCUUUGCCCUGGCGUCACAUGGGCAGGCGACCGUGAGAAGGGAGGCGUCAGAAGCAGGAGGAUCAAGCAGGGCCGGUGCAAGGCGGGUGGUGUUGGCUGUGGACUUUGACGGCACGUGCACGGUGGACGACUCCAGCGCCCUGCUCGCCUGCCUGGCCCUCGCCCAGGCUGGCUCCAGUGCAGGCGCCCAGCAGGUGUGGGACGACCUGGUGCAGCGGUACGUGCAGGACCACUCUGGCUUCAUGGCCAGCAACCUGCCGCCCCACCCACCUGCUGCUGCACACAGGGACAGCAGCAGCAGCAGCAGCAGCAGCAGCAGCAAGACAAGAGACCAGCGCAGUGACAGUAACACCAGCAGCAGCAGAAGAAGCAGCGCCACCACCACCACCAGCGCUACCCCUGACCUUCCUCCUGGCCUCCUCCCCUUCCUCCACCGCCUCUCCUCCUUCGAGGCCAUGGCCAAUCAGCGCGUGACAGCUGUCGCCGCCCUGCAGGGCAUUCCCCAGCACGCCUUGCUGGCAGCAGCCAGGGAGGCUGCUGACGUGGCAGAGGGGAAGGGGGAGGCUGUGAGGCACGCAAUGCUGAUGGAGGAGGGGGAGUGGGGAGAGAGGGGGAAGCAAGGAGAGGCAGAAGGGGUUGGGGAGAAGACAUGCAGUGGUGUGGGGGAGGAGGGUGGAGCAGGCGAGAACAGCAUGGUGGUGGUGAGGGCGAAUGAGAUGGAGUUUGAUGCACACGGUGUGUCCACGGGUGCAGUGGACUUCCAUGUGCAGGGGCCCAUGGAUAAAGACACCAUCUUCCAUGCCCUCACACAUGGCAAGCUCACACACGGUGGCCCCGAGCACGAGACUGCAGGUGCAGCAACACCAGCAGCGCCGUGUGCCCCCCUGUGGCCCUCCGCCCAUCCCGCGCUGUCAUUGGCGAUAGCACCACGGACUUGUUGCCCUUGCUGCGAGCGCAGGUGGGCGUGGUGAUGGGGGGAGGGGCGUCCAGCCUGGGCAGGGUCAUUCGGGCCUUCGGCAUUCACCGCCUGCCGCUGGUGGCGUUGGCUGUGCUGCACGUGCAGCAGGCUGCGGCGGAAGUGAAGGGGGGGGGGCGAGAGAGUGGCUGUCCUGAGCUGGUGGUGCCGCCAUGGACGGUGUUCGAUGCCUGCAGUUGGGAGGAGCUCGAGGUAUUCCUCUUUGGGCCCUACUCUCAGAAACCCUGACCUCUAGGCACUCUU